GAAACACUAUGAAAGUCACAUGACAUCACGAUGGCGAGUACAACUGGAAAAGUCUCCAGUGUAUUUAGGACGGGGUUAUUUAAUGGAAAAGUGGCGAUUGUUACCGGUGGCAGCACUGGUAUUGGUCGUGCAAUUACACAAGAGCUUCUGUUUUUAGGAUGUAAAGUAAUUAUCGCGUCAAGGAAUGAGCAGAGACUUGCUUCUGCUGCAAAUGUGAUUAGAAAUCAAAUUCCUAGAGACAGCCCAGCUGAAAUUGCUGACAUUCAGUGUAACAUACGGAAAGAAGAGCAGGUUCAGAGACUAAUUUCUGACACAAUUAAGAAGUUUGGAAAAAUUGAUUUCCUUGUCAAUAAUGGAGGAGGGCAGUUUCCAGGUCCUGCAUCAUCAUUUAGUCUUAAAGGAUGGAAUGCUGUCAUCGAAACAAAUCUGACAGGGACAUUUCUCUGCUGUAGAGAAGUGUAUAAUCAGUGGAUGGGUGAACAUGGUGGUGUGAUCAUUAAUAUUGUUGCAGAUUUUUGGAAAGGAUUCCCAGGAAUGAGUCAUACUGGAGCCGCUCGUUCAGCAGUGGAUAAUCUGACUAAAUCCUUGUCCAUAGAGUGGGCCAACUCUGGAGUCCGUGUCAAUGCAGUUGCCCCAGGCAUGGUCUAUUCCGAGACAGCUGCUGCAAACUACAGUGAUAAAGGAUUAUUUAGCCGAGCCAUUCCCUCUAUCCCAGCUAAACGAUUAGGAACCCCUGCUGAGAUUUCAGCAGCUGUAUGCUUUCUAUUAUCGCCUGCUGCAGCUUUUAUCUCUGGAGAAACACUGAAAGUUGAUGGUGCAGCUAGUUUGUACAGAACCACUGGCUGGGAAAUCCCAGAUCACAAGAAUAUACCUGCAUAUGACUGGGAAACAGAUGAAGAUGAAAGGAAACCAAAACCAAAGCUUUAAUAUAACAGCAACAGACAGGUCCGGUUUUCUCAUCUGGAUUUCACAUUCUGAACAAAAAUUGGGAAAAGGUGUCUUUCCUAAUUGAAUAACUGUGAUUUGAAAUGUCCAAUAGUAUAAGUCCAUGUAACUUUUGGAUGAAAUUGUAUGUGCAUUUUAUAGCCAGUGACUAGGUGUAUCUGGCCUCCAAUCAUAACUCUAUGCAUAUAAAUAUACACUUCAUACUGUUGUUUUAAUUUGUAUGAAUUGAGAGAAUGAAUUUCAAUUCUUGAAUGCUGCACAUACAUGUACUUGUAUUAUGUCAGUAUCUUGCAUUUUCCCAUGUUACUCAGUGAUUAUUAAAUGACUAGUUUGGAUAUACUUCUAAUGUUUAGUUAGUGAAAAUUAUUUGACAGCUAGCAAUUUGUGUGGGGAGAUAGUUACAGCUCAUGUACUGGGGUGACUGUAAAUGCUUGUACUAAAACAUUUGGACAUGUUGUCAUUAAAAUUUUUAUAAAGACUA